AUGGGCGGCGGCGGAGGCGAGCAGAGCCAUUCGCUAGAUUCCUUCACGGCGGACGAAAUUGUGGUCGCGCAGAUUCUAAUCGACCUUCCAGACAUCAUCAAGGAUAGCAAUUCGCGCUCGAUUUUCAAAUGGGGCGGCAGGAAGAGGAGAUCUAGACUUGACGGCGGGGCGCGGCCCUCGUCGCAACCGUCGCCGUCGUUUCAGAAGAUUGAGACGAGGAAAUCGAAAUCGAAGGCAGGGGCGGCGGAAGCGGAGGAGGAGGAGGAGGACGGCGCCACCACAAGCCCCGUCACGCCGCUCUCCUUCGCUCCCAGCGAAUCUGAUGAGAAGAAAUCAAGGCACGGAGAUUGA